UUUUAUUAAGAAAAUCGUCUUUGUAUCAAUUUUGAUAAAGCUUUGCCAAAAAGCUAUGUCAACUAUCCAACCACAGCACUAUUAAGGUUUCACCAUGGGAGAGAUUGAUGAAGCUUUUGUCCAGGAACCUGACCACAGGCCGACACUUAGUACAAUCGAAGUCGAUGAGAUCCCGGUAAUCGACCUGUCGGCUUGGGGAACCGAAAAGCUCGCAAUAGAGAUCGGGAAGGCGUGCCAAAAAUGGGGUUUUUUCCAAGUGAUCAACCAUGGGGUGCCUUUGGAAUUGCGCUACAGGGUCGAGAAAGUGGCCAAAGCGUUCUUUCACCUUCCCAUAGAGGAGAAAAGGAAAGCUAAGCGAGAUGAAUUGAACUUUACGGGUUACCAUGACGAAGAACAUACUAAGAACAUCAGAGACUGGAAAGAGGUUUUCGAUAUGUUGAUACAAGACCCCACGAUUCUCCCAGCAUCACCUGACCCCGAUGAUGAGGGAAUAAGGACGUACACUAACAAGUGGCCUGAGAAUCCCCCUGAGUUUAGGGAGACAUGCCUGGAGUAUUGCAGAGAGGUGGAGAAAUUGGCUUUCAGAUUGCUGGAACUCAUUUCUAUAAGCUUAGGUUUGGCUGCUGACCGAUUGGGUGACUUGUUCAAACACCAGACUGGUAUGUUGAGGCUGAAUUAUUAUCCUCCUUGCCCUUAUCCUGAGCUAGCACUCGGUGUUGGUAGACACAGGGAUGGUGGUGCCUUAACUGUCCUUGCUCAGGAUGAUGUUGGUGGCUUGCAAAUUAGGAGGCAAUCAGAUGGGGAGUGGAUUCCUAUCAAACCUAUCCCAAAUGCCUACAUCAUUAACAUUGCUGAUAGUCUUCAGGUCUGGAGUAACGAUCUUUACGUGAGUGCAGAGCAUAGAGUGGUGGUGAAUUCUCAAAGGGAAAGAUUCUCGAUUCCAUUCUUCUUCUUCCCUUCCCACUAUGUCACAGUGAAGCCUCUGGAGGAGCUAGUGAAUGAGAAAAAUCCGGCAAAGUAUAAAGAAUAUAACUGGGGAAAGUAUUAUGUUAAUCGAACCGGAAGCAACUACAAGAAACUUGAUGCUGAAAACGUUCAAAUCGAUCAUUUCAAGGCUCCCGAAUCCGAGUAAUUGUUGCAGUAACAUCUUUAUUCUAAAUUAUUACCUGUCUUAAGUUUCAGUUUUAAAUUGUCAUGAUAUAUUAGAUAAGAGUUUGUAUCA